GAGUGAGCCCCCGCUCUGCCCCUCCCUGCGCCGCGGCUCGGUCCAUGCCGGUGACUUUUGCACCCGGCUGUCAUCUGGAGUGUGAUCCUGCAGCAGCAGCCAAUCUCUCCCCGGCCACUUAUCUGCCCUGCUCUAUAAAGUAGCGGGCUGCGCUCCUGACCCCCCCUUCCCCUCUGGAUCUGGUUCAGUGCUUGUAGGGGAGGAGUGAUCGCGUGGAUUCUAUGACUGCCACUCCAUAGCCGCACUCCAGCAUGAGAACUAAGACGGAAAAGUCGCCUCUGAAAGCUUUUAUGAAACAGAGAAGAAUGGGACUGAACGACUUUAUUCAGAAGAUCUCCACCAACUCCUACACCUGCAAGCAUCCUGAGGUUCCAUCCAUCUUGACUAUUUCAGAACCCCAGGAGCCAGAACUACUGAACGGCAACCCCUCUCCUCCGCCCAGUCCAUCUCAACAAAUUAACCUUGGACCUUCAUCCAAUCCUCAUGCCAAGCCAUCUGACUUCCAGUUCCUGAAAAUCAUUGGGAAGGGUAGCUUCGGGAAAGUGCUUUUGGCCAGACACAAAGCUGAUGAGAAGUUCUAUGCGGUUAAAGUCCUCCAGAAAAAAGCAAUCUUGAAGAAAAAAGAGGAGAAACACAUAAUGUCAGAGCGUAACGUGCUGUUGAAAAAUGUGAAACACCCGUUCCUGGUUGGCCUCCACUUCUCCUUCCAGACAGCCAGCAGAUUAUACUUCAUUCUGGACUACAUCAAUGGUGGAGAGCUAUUCUACCAUCUCCAAAGGGAACGUUGCUUCCUGGAACCACGAGCUCGCUUUUAUGCUGCUGAGAUAGCCAGUGCACUGGGAUACUUGCAUUCUCUCAACAUUGUCUACAGAGACUUGAAACCUGAGAACAUAUUACUGGACUCACAGGGUCACAUUGUACUUACUGAUUUUGGUCUUUGCAAGGAGAACAUAGAGCCCAAUGGCACAACCUCUACUUUCUGUGGCACUCCAGAGUACCUUGCACCAGAAGUUCUUCACAAACAGCCUUACGACAGGACAGUUGACUGGUGGUGCCUAGGAGCCGUUCUCUAUGAGAUGUUGUAUGGCUUGCCUCCAUUCUACAGCAGAAACACAGCCGAGAUGUAUGACAACAUCUUAAACAAGCCACUACAGCUGAAACCAAACAUAACCAACUCGGCCAGGAACCUCCUGGAGGGUCUUUUGCAGAAGGAUCGGACUAAGAGAAUUGGUGCCAAGAACGACUUUAUGGAGAUUAAGAACCACAUCUUCUUCUCUCCAAUUAACUGGGAUGAUCUCAUCAAUAAGAAGAUUACCCCUCCUUUUAACCCAAAUGUGAGUGGCCCCAGUGAUUUGCAACACUUUGAUCCUGAAUUCACAGAAGAACCAGUUCCGAAUUCUAUAGGCCAGUCCUCUGACAGCAUCCUCAUAACGGCAAGCAUUAAAGAGGCAGCAGAAGCUUUUAUGGGCUUCUCCUAUGCCCCACCUAUGGAAUCUUUUCUUUGAGGGACAUUCUCACCAUGUGGUCAUUUUGAGUCAUAGGUUUGUUUUUUUUCUCCCGACAAGAGAAAAAGAAAAGAAAAUUGCACAUCCUUCAUGACAGCAUCACAGCCUUAAUUUUAACACCACCGGUUUUUCUGGAAGAACGCACAGUGGAGCUUAGUCAAAGGAGGAAGAAGUGACUUUACAAGGGCAUGGCUCUUAGUUGUGAGGAGUCAGUGCCUGGAGCCUGAGUGCAGGCCAUGGACUUUGUGAAAACAGGCACAGAAAUAUGAAGAGAUUGAGUUGUAAGAAGAAUUGUUUUAGUUUUUUAACUUUUCUCUUUGCGGCGUGCCUUUCUGAAUUCCGAGGUCCUAUUGAGAAUGGUCCACAUGAGAUGGAUAUUCUUGGGUGGAGACUCUGGUUUCACAAGUGAACAAUGGUAUGAGUGACGCUUCUCACAGUAUGACUGUGGUUUGUCACACAAAUGUGACACUAAUUCUGGGGCAUUGUACUGUUUUUCUUCCAUAUGUGGAAGCUAAGUUUAAUGUAAAUCUUGUUUUGUCUAGUACUAAUUCAGUGUAUUGCCAUGGGCUUGCAAUGAUCCUUGUUUGAAAUGCUUGAAGUAAAGCAUUUGCUGCUAUUCAGAUUUCUAUUUUUAGAAACGGUUUUAUGGACCAAAAUGCCCCUCAUUUAGUGGUUCCGAGCUGUAAUAUGUGGUUUUAAUAUACAUUAUUUAUGUUUAUUUUUGGACAUUCCUGACCAUCUUUGUGCAUACUGUAUAUAAUCAAGAGCUGUAUAUUUAAACUGACAGAGAUACAUGAUGCCAAUGUACUGUAAUUAAUAACAGAAAUGUACCUUUUGUCACCAAACCCGAGGGUUUGCAAUAAAACUUUCAAAACCAA